UCUGAAGAAAUUAAGCAACAAGUUCAUAGCCAGAAGCUUAACCAUGGCUCCAAUUCACCAAUCUUGUAGCUUCUUGUUGAUCACAUUCAUGAUCACAAUCAUAGGGAAGCCUCCACUAGUAGCUGGCAUAUUUCGACCUAGUCAAUGGACUCUUGCACAUGCCACAUUUUAUGGUGACGAGACUGCUUCCGCCACCAUGGGAGGAGCAUGUGGGUACGGAAAUUUGUUCUUGAACGGUUACGGAACAGAUACAGCUGCAUUGAGCUCGACGUUGUUCAACAAUGGGUACGCUUGUGGAACUUGUUACCAAAUAAAAUGCGUCCAAGCGAGCGCGUGCUAUGGCAAUGUGCCUUACACCACGGUGACCGCCACCAAUCUGUGCCCUCCUAAUUGGUCUGAGGCUUCCGAUAACGGCGGCUGGUGUAACCCUCCGCGUACGCAUUUUGACAUGGCCAAGCCUGCCUUCAUGAAAAUUGCGCAAUGGAAGGCCGGCAUUGUCCCCGUUAUGUACCGCAGGGUCCCGUGCGUGAGGCGCGGAGGGCUUCGAUUCUCUUUCCAAGGAAACGGGUAUUGGUUGUUGGUGUACUUGAUGAACGUGGGAGGUGGAGGUGAUGUUUCCAAGAUGUGGGUGAAAGGAAGCAGAACAGGGUGGAUUAGUAUGAGCCAUAACUGGGGUGCUUCAUACCAAGCAUUUGCAACACUGAGAGGCCAAGCUCUUUCUUUCAGAGUUACUUCCUACACCACCAGAGAAACCAUAACAGCAUGGAAUGUUGCUCCUGCUAAUUGGGCUGCAGGAUUAACUUAUUCCACCCCUGUCAACUUCCAUUAAACAAUUGAUUGCAUAACCUCCCAACUUUUUAAAAUCCAUGGUUAUUUUCUCUGUUUUGAAGAAUUUCAUUUCCACUAGAGAAGCAUAUGGUCAUUAUUGUCAAGAGAUUUCCACUUUUUGUUAGUUAUAUAAAGCUGAAAUGUACCCAAUUAAUGAAGUUCAUGUUUUCUUAUGUGA